AUGUUGUUUGAUAAGAACGACCAAAGCUGGGUUGUGGGAUUGGAGACCUCGACAAUUGCUUACGGUAAAUACUUGACCAUGUAUGUAGAGGAGAUCAAAAUGGCCCACCCGAAGAACAGCACCGAUCAACACACCAACGAACUUUGGAUAUCAAAGUUGGAGGAAAGCGCGCUCAAAAAAGAUGAGAUAGACGCAGACGAGUGCUAUGAGAGCAGCCACGCUGGGGCGAAUAAAACAGGGGGAGAUCUGUCAGUAGAUAUCGGCACCCCCCUAUAA